AUGGGCGCCGUGGCCUCGUCGGCGGGAGGGGGCCGGGGACGGGGAGGCGAUGGCACGGUGCUGGGCGACUUGCCGGAGAACUGUGUCGCGGAGGUGCUGCUCAGGCUGGACCCGCUGGAGAUCUGCCGGAUGGCGCGCCUCAGCCGCACGUUCCGUGGCGCCGCGUCCGGGGACGGUGUCUGGGAGUCCAAGCUGCCGAGGAACUACGCGCGCCUCCUCGCCAUCGCCGCGGCCGGCGAUGGGGAAGGGGGCCAGCCCACCGCGUCGGCGCCGGAGGCGGAGCCGCUGCCCAAGAAGGAACUGUACGCGCGGCUUUGCCGUCGCAACCGUUUCGAUGGCGGCAAAAAGGAAUUCUGGCUGGACAAGGGUGGUGGAGGUCUAUGCAUGUCAAUUUCUUCAAGGGCACUUUCAAUAACGGGCAUUGAUGAUAGGAGAUAUUGGAACUUCAUUCCUAAUGAUGAAUCAAGAUUUCACACGGUUGCUUAUCUCUCGCAAAUUUGGUGGUUUGAAGUCAGAGGGGAGGUUGAAUUCUUCUUCCCAGAAGGUACAUACAGCCUAUUUUACCGCGUUCAUCUUGGACGACCAUUCAAGCGUCUUGGACGACGAGUUUAUAGCUCAGAACACAUCCACGGCUGGGAUAUAAAGCCGGUGCGUUUCCAAAUGUCAACUUCCGAUGGACAGCAUGUUCAGUCCAAGUGUUAUUUAACUGAUCCUGGUAUCUGGAUCAAUCACCAUGUCGGUGACUUUGUCGUGAAGGACUCGAGCAGACCAAUAAAUGUCAGAAGUGCGGUUUUACAAUUGCACUUAUACAAGUUACAGAGUAUUUUGCAGUACUGCAAUGUAACUGAAGGGGAUUUGUCAUGUGUACUGGUAUCGUUCAUUAGGAACAGAACAUAUGGAAUCGAGGGUGGAGGGUCUUUGCGUUGCUUUGUGCUCCUUGGUCGGUUGCGCUUAAGUGAUCAUGUCCUGUCCUUGCUUGAGCUGUUGCCAAAGGAUACCAGAGGAUGA